UUGGCCCACGCGGCACCCGUAGCCAACCCUCUUGGGGCCGAGUUACUGAGGCCGCACCGCCGAGGCGCUCCGCGGCUACCCAGCGUCAACGCCAUGCCUCUCCCGCCCGCGUUACAGGCGCGCCUGGCCAAACGCGGCCUGCUCAAGAACGUGCUGUCAGAAGCAGAUGAAGAAAUUAUAGCGGAAGAUUAUGAUGAGAAUGAAAUUGAUUAUGAAUCUACAAAGAAUGAAAACUUACCACUCAACUGGUACAAAGUAGUUGACCCAGACAGCCGCUUGCCGUACUACUGGAACGCAGAGACCGACAUGGUGUCGUGGCUGGCCCCGGCAGACCCCCUGGCAGUUAUCACCAAGGCAGCCAAAAAGAUUCCGGCGACUGAGGAGAAGAGGGAGGAGGUGGUAGCGAUGACCGCUCUUGUGGAGGCACAAGAACGGUCGUCACUGCUCGACUUGGACAGCAGGGACGAGAUUCCCAGAGCUGCCAGAGAUCGACGACUCCAGCGGAGGGAGGAAGCCGCCCCCUACCAGAAAGGCAAACGUGGUCGGGAUAAAAAAGAAAAGGAAGAGCUGGAUCCAAUGGAUCCCAGUGCUUACUCGGACGCUCCACGCGGAAACUGGAGCGCUGGGCUCCAGAGGAAAGGCGACGCCAAGACAGGAGCAGACACCACCGCGUCGGGGCCCCUCUUCCAGCAGCGGCCUUACCCCAGCCCGGGCGCCGUGCUGCGUGCGAACGCAGAGGCGGCGUCGCGGAACAAGGCCGCCUGAGCACACCCCCGCUGUGCAGCGGACGCUGUCGCCUCGCCGCGCGGGUCCUCGCUCGCCUCUCGAGUUGUGCCGUGAGCCUCCCGGGCGUGGCAGCGUUCCCGGGUUCGGGCUGCUGCGCGUCGGGGCGUUUUGUUCGCUCGCGCUGUUUUCGUUCCUACUCGUGCUGCUGCCGCCGCCGCCGCCGCUAUCGCUGUCGCCGGAACCUCACCGCCGCUCCGCUACGCGGUGCUGGCGGUGAGGAGCGCGUGGCCAAAGGUCGAGAAGGAAGAAAUGUUCAAGACGCAGGCUGACCCCGGACAACAUCUGUGAAAAAUAACUUCAUAGCUCAUCGGAUUUCUCCAGGAUAAAAUAAAGAUUCGGAGUCUGGCUGCGAAAACUCGUUACGUCGACAUUGACGAACCCGAGCGUCGUUGCCAUGAAACUCUCUGCGGUGGUCAACCUCUGCAUGGAGAAUUGGCUGGAGAAUUGUUUUGUCAGUUGGCUGGUUUUUUGUCCUUUGUAAAGUAUGAGUUUUUUUUGUGAUAAAAUUACAUUUGUGCAUAAUUUUUUUUAUCUUUAGAGUCGGGAGGUGGGGGAAAUUGAGUGAAUAUUUCAAGUGUAGUUGUUUGGGAUUUCCUGUAACGUAUGUUGCAUUGUGAAACUCCUGCAUGCAGCAGAUUUGUCAUACAUACAAGUAGAGAAAACUAAGUUUAACACAAUAUGAAAGAGUUGUUGCUCUAAACGUAUUUUAAACGUGUUAAACAAUAAAAAACAGCAUCAAAUGUACAUAUUAGGAACUGUUUUGGCAAUAAAAAAAAUCCUUCAUACAUUU